AAAGGAUACCAGCCACCCUUUUUUUUUUCCGGCACCACUCGCGGGGUCGCUGGUGACCUCCGUUUGGCUCGGCUCGAGCCGCGCGCCUCGCCCCGCGGCAUGUGGGCGCUGGAGUUCGCGGUGCUGGGCAGCGCGUGGGCCUUUCCAUCAGCGCUGAGGAUCAUCCAGGGCCCAGGCACGGAAUGGCUGCGGCAGUCGGUGUACCACACACUGCUCCCGCCCAUGCUGGGGCUGAGCCUAUGGCUUGCUUGGGCGGCCAGGCCCCCGGUGGCUGAACAGCCCCCUGGCUUCCAGCAGCAUCUGGUCACCUACCUGGCGGUCUGGAUCUGCUGUGUGGCUGCGGACUGGCUGCAGGGCCCUUACGUUUAUGCCCUCUACGAGGCCUACGGCUAUUCAGAGACCUCCAUCAUGGUGCUCUUCGUGGCGGGCUACAGCGCCUCCGGAGUGUGCAGCUGUGGCAUCGGCGCGGUGGCGGACCGCUUCGGGCGCAAGAGGUGCUGCAUGGCCUUCUGCGUGCUGCACGGCCUGGCGGCCAUUCUGAUACAUUGGAACGUGUAUGCCAUUCUGAUCAUUAGCCGCAUUCUCGCAGGAGCUGGCACAGCGAUCCUGUUCUCCUGCUUUGAGUGCUGGAUGGUGUCGGAGCACAAUUCCCGGCACCACUUUUCGUCGAGCUCGCUGUCGUAUAUGUUCAGUCUGAAAUUCCGCGCGAUGUACUACGUAGCCGUGGUGGCAGGUCUUGCCGCACAGCUGGCCGUGGACAGCACUCACCUGACAGUGCUGGAAGGCUCUCGAAUUUACUACGGUGGCUACACCGUGCCCUACGACAUCUCGGCGGCUUUGCUGGUCGUCGGCUUUCUGCUGAUUGCCAGCCUGUGGAAUGAGAACUACGGGUGUCAAUCUGAGCUUGGCAGGCCCUUGAUGCAGGACGCCUUGCACGCGCUGGUCAAGGACAGAAAUUGCCGCCGGCUCUGCGCGGUGGUGGCCAUCUUCGAAGGCUCCAUGUACAUCUUUGUGUCCAACUGGACCCCAGCAUUGGAAUCCAAGGAGGUCCCGCCGCCCCACGGGCUGACCUUCGCCCUCUUCAUGAUGGCCGCCACUUGCGGCUCCUCCGUCGCGACCUUGGGCCGAUGCCUAAGCGCCCGGCGCCAGCUGCGCAUCAUCCUGGUGCUCUGCGUGGCCUCCUUUGCCUUGGCGGCGCAGAGUGCCUGCGGGGCGAUUUGUCAGUGCCUGGGGGCCUUUAUGACCUUUGAAUUCUGCGUGGGUUGGUACUUCCCUUGCAUCGGCAUCGCCAAGAGCGAGCACGUGCCCGAACGCAUCCGGGGCUCCAUGUACAAUCUUUUUCGGGUCCCGCUGAACGCGCUCGUGCUCUUGCUGCUGCUGAGUGAUCUGAGCAGCGAAUCUCGCUUCGCGAUUUGUUCUUUGCUGCUGUUAAUUGCGGUUUUGGCAACGAUCGGCCUCGUGAACGAGGAUGAAAAACGCAACCUUGUAGAGGCUCCCUUCACAGACGAGGCGUGAGAUGAUUUCGCCUCCACGUCUCAUUGCUCGGCCCGGCUAGUCUUGGCUGAUCCGAAUUGGCUGGGGCAAGAUCCGAUCUAUGCCCAGGAACCGAUGAGAUGAGGUGAAAAAGAGGAAAGAGUCCGCCAGCUGGCCGGCCAGACUUGACCCGGCCUGGCCUCUCUGCGGGCAAAGGGCUUGAAGGGGCCCCUUUCAAGGCUCAUGUUUCCCCUUUU